CGGAUUGAACAGAAGUUGAGGAGACUAUUUUCUUUCGUCUAAAAACAUGGAAAAUGUGAUUAAUAGAAUAAAGCAAACAACUUUAUCUGUGGCUGAACAACUAACGCCUGUCUUGAAGGAAAGUAAAUUUAAAGAAUGUGGUCGUAUUACACCAGAAGAAUUUAUUGCUGCAGGUGAUCAUCUAGUUCAUCACUGUCCGACAUGGAGUUGGGCAGCUGGAGAUGAAACGAAAGCAAAAUCAUACUUACCUAAAGAUAAGCAAUUUUUAAUCACAAAAAAUGUUCCUUGUCUACGAAGAUGCAAGCAAAUGGAAUUUAGUGGAGUUGAAAGAAUUGUCGAAGAUGUGGAAGGGGAAGAAGGCUGGGUCACUCAUGACACAGAAGGUGAUGAAGAUGAGUCAAAUGAAAAUCCGUCUGAAAUGACAUUGGAUAACUCAAAAAUUGAUGAGAUACGUGCUAAGAAUGAAUCUCAAAAUGCUGAUAAUAAUUCCAAUGAUGAAGAUGAUGAAGGUGAAGCAAUGGAUAUGGAAGAUUUUGAAGAAUCAGGAAUGUUAGAUAAUGUUGAUCCAUCUGUAGCUAUUAUCCAACCGGUUGAAAAGAAAAAUCCAAUCACGUCUGAAUCUGAUGAUUCGAUUGUUCACACACGAACUUACGAUUUGCACAUCGUCUAUAAUAAGUAUUACCAGACACCUCAUUUAUUCCUUAUCGGCUACGACAAGGAUGAAAAUCGUAAAUUGCUCACUGUUGAAGAGAUGUUCGAAGAUGUAUCUCAAGAUAAUGCGAAGAAAACAGUCACAAUGGAACAACAUCCACAUUUAGGUCCAUCAAUGCUUGCGGUUCAUCCUUGUCGCCAUUCUGACCUCAUGAAAAAAUUCAUUCAAAUUGCUGAAGAAGGUGGAAAUGAACUUUCUGUUCAUUCUUAUCUGAUUAUCUUCCUAAAAUUCGUUCAAAGUGUUAUUCCCACCAUAAAUUACGAUUACAGUCAAAAUAUUACAAUCUAAGCUUCUCUUAAAUCUUCUGCUAUAAUAAGGAUUGUGUCAAAAUGUGUUCCAUAAUUAAAAACAUUUGAAUGGGAAGUGCUGGAUUUAUGUCCUGUUUUUUAUUAAAAAGAAAGAAGCAGCAAAAGUUUCAAUUGUUCACUUUUUUUCAUGAAAAAUUAACCAAAUUUGAUAUUAUGUUAAAGGUGGUGAAACAAAUUAAAAAAUCAUUACAAAAACUAGAAUUGAAUGUGUUGUCUUUUCUCGUAGUCAUAGCACGUGUCUUACUUAUGAUUGGAUGGAAUCCAAAUAAAUAUAAACAACCUUAAGAAAAAUUAAAGAAUGAAGCUGAAAUUAACACGAUUACGAAAGAAGACGAUAACACAAAGUUCGCGUUUUUUCAAUUUUAAAGUUUUAUAUGAAAAAUAAUUUUGAAAUCACCACCGUCCUAAAUUUAGUAUUCUUUAAUCACCACAGUUAGAAGCAGACUUCCAAAUAAAAUGAAGGUCAAUGUGACGCCAAUUA